AUGCUUCCGUCGCCCCCAGCAUCCUGCUCGGCGUCAUGGACUAGACGCCAGCCACAAAUCCACGCGGCAACUGUCGCGUUCAAAACUGCACCGACGAGACUUCACCGCCGACCUCAAUUCCAAUCCGUCGAUCCGCCCUCAACAGUCCGCCACCGUCGCCCCUGUCUACGAGGAACUCACCGUUCCCGCGCAGCUCGCACCCGCUCCUGCCUGACCUCGUCUCGCCGGCUGCUUCCUUUUCUCGACUCCGUCCUCGAUCCUAGCCAGAAGCAUGCCGCGCCGAAUUCAGAAUCCCUUUUCUACGUUUCCCGCCAUGUCGCCGUCUGA